UCGUUUUUGCAGGUGAUCAACUAGCCGAUCUGAAUGGCUGGGAAAUGCUUGACUCUUCUACGUCCCGCUGUGUUUCGAUCCAUUUUUUCGUCUUGACUGUUUCGCUGGUAUUCUCGUUCUCGACGACUUCGUCGUUCUUUUGCUAAUGAAGUCACCCGGUAUCCUGAAGCGUACACGGGAAUUCCGUUGACAGUAUGGCGCUACAUCAGGGUGUUUCGCCGGUUCAAAAUUCGGAGAAAUCCGGGCAUCGAACGGAGGAGUCCCAUCUUUCAAAGCAGGAUGGUGCUAAUUUGCACAGCCCGAAUGGUCUCUCUUCUCCCGAAGAUGAUGUGGCCAUGAGUGAGGCCGAAAAGGCUUUGAAACAGGCCGAAAAGGAGCGCUUUGCUAUCGUGAAAAAGUAUGACAUCGGUCGCGAACCUGGUGCUCAGAUUGAUCCUUGGGAGGAUCCUGGGUUUGAAAUAUAUCAUACAACUGACCGUUACGGGUUUAUCCACGAUACGCGACUUCCCCUGUAUGAACCGAAAGAAGCUAGACUUCGAGAAGUAGAAGUUCAGCGUGAGAAGAAAUGGCGCAAAAUGCUGGAGGACUGGUCUAAGUAUAGAGGCACUGAAAAACUCAACAAACGCAUUUACAAAGGCAUUCCGAAUUCCCUCCGAGGUCGGGUAUGGGGAGAGCUUCUUCGAGUUCCUGACUUACAGCGAGAGCAACGCAACAAAUACGAGGAGAUGAAGACUUUGGCGAGAAAAUGGUCGCCUGACAUUCGACAAAUUGACCUUGAUGUUAAUCGUACAUACCGGGACCAUGUUAGCUUCCGUGACCGAUACGGGAUCCAACAGAAAAACUUGUUCCAUGUGUUGGGAGCCUACUCUAUGUAUAACCAGGAAAUCGGUUACUGCCAAGGGAUGUCUCAAAUAGCUGCUUUACUAUUGAUGUACAUGGAAGAAGAAGAAGCUUUCUGGGCAUUAUCUGCGCUGAUGGCAGAUCAGAAGUACGCCAUGCAUGGAUUUUUCAUUCCUGGAUUUCCGAAGCUUUUGCGAUUCAAGGAUUAUUACUCUAAAAUCUUGGAGCGUUUUCUGCCGAAGCUGAAGCGACACUUGGACAAAAACGGAGUUGAUCCGUUAAUUUACACGCUGAAGUGGUUUUUCCAAUGUUUUCUCGAUCGCGUGCCAUUUUCGCUUACCUUGCGGUUAUGGGACGUUUAUUUAUUGGAAGGUGAAUGCAUCUUAACCUCCCAAGCGUACAAUAUAUUGAAGCUACACAGGAAAACAUUGAUGAAACAAACCAUGGAUGAUAUUUUACACUUCCUUCAAUCGAAACUCGAGCAUGAUUUCCUGUUCGACGACGAUCAUGUAAUUCAAAGCCUUCAAAAGUGUUUGGAUGAACUUAGAAGAGCGAAGCUACUACAUUUUGGUCCGCCGCCCUUGGAUGAAGUGCCUAAACGGCCAUUUGGGCUUUAUGUUGAGCCACCUUUGUCUCAAAAAAUUGGGCGUCGCUCUAAUUUCACAGACGAGGAGCGUCGGAUCAAGGAAGAUUUAAUUCGUCGGCAAGACAAAGAACUAAUGGAAAGCUUGCGAAUCGAAGGACUUCGAGCAGCGAAUCAGGCUCGUCGCGCUUCCUUGACUGGCGGUUCUCAAGGUUCUGAAGGCCCAAGUGUGGAUGAAGUAAGCAGCGUCGGCAACGACAUCCGUCAUCGGAACUCCAUGUCAUCGGUAACGGCAACAUCUGCCACAUUUUCAGUACAGUCCUCGCACACGCUGUCACAAAGCCAGUCCGCCGGGAUGGGAAUCGAUGUUUCGUUUUCCCAGCAGCCGUGUGCGAACUAUACGAAGCCCAACAGAUCCAAUUCGAGUGGAAUGUUGGGAAAAUCAUUUGGCCAACACUUACUGUUUUCUCGUACGCCACCGAGAAAGCGGAUGGGCAGUGCGCAAUCAGAGAGCAGCCUCAUGCACGAAAACGGCAUUGUGAAGAAUGCGAAGAACGGAAGCAUCUCAGCGGGGCCAAAAGGUUCACCGAGAAGAAUGCGGGCCAGCAAUUUGCAGCAUCGAAGAGCAGCGCCAAUGAGUGCAGUCGAGAACCGCGAAAAGACCAAAGGCAGUCGUGCAGCAGUUGCGACCGAACCAGCAAUGAAGCUCGACUUGGACAACGUGGAUUUCACCAACGGUGACGAUGAUGAUGAUGCUGUAACGCCGACACCCCGUACUCCAAAAACAUUCCCGGAUACAGUGAGAAUCUACGUACCGUACCGUAAUGAAGAGCUUCUUCCACCCGUUCCUGGUCCAACUGCUACGUCUACUCCGAAGAGCAGCGCCUUCCGGACUAAGCAACCCAUGGAGAACGGGAAAAUCCGAGGAAGACCCGCGAGUGCUUCUCCGUGUGAUGGUAAUCGCGUCUCGCGGAAAGAAUUCUUUGCUCCUCUGUACUCGCCUGAUCCAAGUGGAAAGUCGCAGAAUUACCAGGGCACGGAUCCUAAUAGGGUCACGAUACGUGUAGAUCCACGCGAUGCGAUGUCGUGGCCGAACUCGUUGUCAUCCCCUCCAUCGUCUCCAACGCCCGUCAUGUCUCAUCCCGGGGUUUCUCAUUCUGCGCCACCUUUGGGACGUGGGGCACGAAUGCGACCUCCUGUACCUGCUAGGUACGUGGGUAACCGAUGAAAUACUUUUUCGAGCUGUUCGAAACUUCUGCGCUUCAACCAACGCGUUGUUUUUCUCCACCCAUAAGCUGCAAACGCGUGGGAAAUUACGCAUGUACUGUUCGUCGUUUUGGCCAGGUAGAAACGCACCCUUUCAGUUCAUUCGAAACGAAUACUUUUUUCGCUGUGUCAAAUUAAGUUGAAAGUUUCCUAGGCUUGUUCCUGUUCUUGAGACCGCGCUUCUCCAGUGACGGAAAUUCCCACUGAGAUAUGAAGUUUUUUCUCAUCCACGAACACGGUAGAAAAAACUCGCGGACAGUAUUCAUGCCUACGUUUCGAUAUACUCCGACGGGUGUGUUGAGUGUGAGGUUGGCGUCAGUAAAUGUUUUCUCGAUGAGUGGGGGCCCUCCAUUCUUUCCAGAAACCUACUUUUAUCUCUGGGAUUGCCUCGUGAAAUUUGUCACGUUUUCAAACGGAACACAUGAAGGUAGAAAUUGUCUUUCCGUUGUAAGACUAUCGUGGAAAGGAAAUUAGAUAUUUCCAUAUACUGUAGUGCUCUGAUGAGAUGCUUAGUCGUACUUGAUCAUCUGAAUGUGUUGGACUAAGAAAAUUUGUGUUAACCAACGCCGUACGAAUCGCUUUGUAGUUCAUUUUUAGUUGCGGGACAGAAGGAAAAGCCGAGUGUCUGCCUUUAUUCCACUAGUCUACGCCACAAAUGUUUAUUGAAUUUUGUGGAGGUUUAUCAAUGCUUAGUUGAGAUUAUCGUUGGUGUGUUUUUCAAGAGAACAUGGGGGUUUCCUGAAAAAUUUCUUACGAUCAAAAACUUUAGUUUUAAUUCAUCUUUGUUGCUUGCGUGAGCUUCCGCAAGCAAAUUUUCCCGCUAGUCGUCGGUAAUCAGCCAUUCCUUUUUUCAUUUGCAAGUUUUCGGUCAUGCGUUAUAAAAAUUGCGUUACGUUUUCUGGAAUACAUAACCAAAGCGAAGUUGGUUGUGACCAGAUUAAGGAAACACGUGUUCGACAGCGUAGUUCUAUUUUUUUUCGCACGCCUUUUCGAACUUCGGUGUAUGGUAUUCAGUUUCCUUGUUGCUAAUGUCCAGUGAAUGAGUCUUCCUUGAAAAAAUUUUCUAUCGUAUCGGAGAAGUAACUUCGAACUGGGCGUCCAAGUUUUCAUCUGCGCGUGAAUGGAGCGGAAUUUGCAUUGCACGGACUUCAUGUUGCUAAGAUAUCCCGACGGAACUCAUGUUGUCAUUCCCUUUGCAGCCGGAUUUUUUUUCUCCGAGGCCGUUUGUGGUCGUGUUUUGCUGCCUUUUUAAAGUUGCUUUUAUGCGGUUUUUUUUAAUUAACAUGUAAAAUGCGGAAGAGGUGAUACGAAUGUUCAAGCGAUGCUUAUCGAAGUGACCGAAUGGUGUGUCCGAGUUUCCCCUUAUCGAUAAAUGUUGAUCCUACGAAUCGAGAUGCAUGAAUUUUGGAAAUCAAGUAGUUGAAACGGAGAUCUGUAUUUCUACUGCAUACCGUGUCUUAUUUUUUGUAUGUGCAAUUGAGGAGAGGAUCGAUUUUCAAUUGCGGUAUAUUUUUGCUCCCAAAGCCCAACAUUGUGUUCUGACCAACGAUGAGCCGUCAUUUGCGUAGUUUUUUUUUCCAUAUUCAUGGUCACGAGAUAUUUUGCUGGGAAGAGUAUUGAGAUAUUACUUCAUCUGGAAAAAAAAAAUUUCACACGAUGAAAAGUCAGUGCGUUCAAAUGUAGAAGACGUGCUAAGUUGUAUGUAUCGUUAGUACCUUAAGUCGCGCGAAAAAUGAUUGCGGCAUGAUUUAAGGUGUAGGGUACUUCUUCGAGGUUCACUUAUGAGUCUGAGUAUAUCCAGUUGUCAGGUUUUCAGGUUUCAGUUUCGAUAAGGAUAUAGGGAUCAUCAUUGAACCUCACAGUGAAAAUGUCUUAGUUUCCCGGUUAACUAAAGUUUUUAUAAACCGCGGUACAACCGUUUUCUUGGGUGCUCCAUUGCAGUAGUAGUGAAUUGUCUUGGGGGGGGAAAACUGAACCGAGAACGCGUCCUUGUGUUGAGUUGUUUUCACGCUUUUGUCCAUUCCGAGCUCGUCUCCGAUCGAAACCGCUGAUACCAUUGUUUUCUACUGGCGGCUCGACGGCUUGUGUCGCCGUGGUCUCAGAAGGAAGACGCUGAAAUCCUGCUGCUGCGUUUUGUGAUGCUUCGUCCGAGUCACUCGUCUCGCUCUGUUAGCGCGUUCGGGAGCAAACACUUUUUUUUUCUUUUCUCUGGGUUUUUCACGAAACUUUGGCACUUCGUUGAGAUUGAUCCCAUAUUUUUGCAGAACGCGUCGUUUAUUUUUAGCUGCGGGAACUGAGCUUCGUUAGCUGAUUCGCGGUUCCGCUGUUUUCGGGAAGUCCGUGCGCACUUGUUUGCUUUCCAGUCGAGCUUGUCGUUCCAUGAUGUUAGUGUGGAUGCGUUGUGAGUCGAAAGGAGUCAAACCAACGAAAUUUUUUUUUUCAUUUUUAUCGAAUUUGUUGAAAAUCGCGUAUGUUGUGCGCGACGUCAGUCUACUUGGGAUCUGUGAUGCUGAUGUUGAAUGAAAACAUUUUCCAACGCGGGAAAGUUGACGGAUUUUACUUGUCCGUUUACGAAUCGUGUACUGAAUUGCGACGAAGUCAAGAAUGAAGAAAGUCUUGAUCGAUA